UCUUCACGCUGUUCAAUGUAGAAAGAGUGACUGGCGGCUGCUGUUGAUUCGGAGCCAGUUUGCGGGAUUUCAAAUACUUUAGCGGGAUUAUGUUGGACCUGAAAUUGGCGUCACGUGACUGCUGACAUUUCGGACCGCUCAGCGCUCCUUGGUGAAGGUUCUUUGUGUCUUCUUGUCAACUUGACGUGAUGGAAAUGGAGGUGACUUUCAGGAGGAGGCGAGAGGAGUCUUCCAGACUGCCAUGGUGACCUGGGCUGGAUCAACAUGGACUCAAGGACCCCCCUGGUUCUCGUGUUGGUGCUGCUCGUCCAGCCGUGGCUCGGCUCGGCUCAGGUUCUCCGGAUAGGUGGCAUCUUCGAGACGCGCGAGAGGGAGCUGGUUAGCAUGGAUGAGCUCGCCUUUAAGUUUGCCGUCAACAACAUCAACCGCAACAAGACGCUGAUGCCCAACGUCACGCUGACCUAUGACAUCCAGAGGAUCAACUUGUUUGAUGGCUUCGAGGCGUCACGGAGAGUGUGCGACCAGCUGGCUCUGGGGGUGGUGGCGGUGUUCGGACCCUCCCACAGCUCCUCGGUCAGCGCGGUCCAGUCCAUCUGCAACGCCCUGGAGGUCCCUCACAUCCAGACGCGCUGGAAGCAUCCGUCGGUGGACAACAGGGACACGUUCUUCAUCAACCUCUAUCCCGAGUACACGGCCAUCGCCAGGGCCAUCCUGGACGUGGUCACCUUCUUCAAGUGGAGGAAGCUGACGGUGGUCUACCAGGACAGCACUGGCCUGAUGCGGAUGCAGGAGUUGAUCAAGGCGCCGGCCAAACUCAACCUGAAGAUCAAAAUCCGCCAGCUGACGCCCGGCAACCAGGAUGCACGUCCUCUGCUGAAAGAGCUGAAGAAGGACAAGGAGUUCUUCAUCCUCUUUGACUGCUCCUACCAAAUGGCCUCUGAGCUCCUCAAGCAGCUUUCCUCCAUGGGAAUGAUGACGGAGUACUACCACUUCUUCUUCACCACACUGGAUUUGUUUGCCUUGGACUUGGAGCCGUAUCGCUACAGUGGGGUCAACAUGACAGGAUUCAGACUGCUCAACAUCGACAACCCCUGGGUGGCGUCCACCAUGGACAAGUGGGCCAUGGAGAGACUGCAGGGACCCAAACAGGACAGCGGCCUGAUGGAUGGCGUCAUGACAACGGACGCUGCCCUGAUGUAUGACGCCGUGUUCAUGGUUUCCGUGGCAUCGCAGCGCGCCACUCAGAUGACGGUCAGCUCCCUGCAGUGUCACCGCCAUAAACCGUGGCGCUUUGGACCACGCUUCAUGAACCUCUUCAAAGAGGCCAAGUGGGAAGGACUGACAGGUCACAUUGUUCUCAACAAGUCAGAUGGUCUGAGGAGAGACUUUAACUUGGACAUCAUCAGCCUCAAGGAGGACGGCGCCGCCAGGGGUGUCAUGGAGGCUGGAAGUCGCCUCACCAAGAGGUGGAUCAAGAUUGCCGUGUGGAAUUCAUACAAAGGCAUGAACCUCAUUGAGAAGUCCACGCGGGAGAAGAACAACAAUGUGACCGACUCCCUCGCCAACAGGACGCUGAUUGUCACCACCAUCCUGGAGAAUCCGUACGUGAUGUACAAGAAGUCAGACAAGGAGCUAUCUGGCAAUGAUCGCUUUGAGGGAUACUGCCUGGACCUCCUCAAAGAGCUCUCCAAUAUCCUGGGCUUCACCUACGAAGUCCGCCUGGUGGCCGACGGCAAGUACGGCGCUCAAAACGACAAAGGAGAGUGGAACGGCAUGGUCCGCGAGCUCAUUGAUCACGUGGCUGACCUGGCGGUGGCACCCUUGACCAUCACCUACGUUCGAGAGAAGGUCAUCGACUUCUCCAAGCCCUUCAUGACAUUGGGCAUCAGCAUCCUGUACCGCAAACCCAACGGCACCAACCCGGGUGUGUUCUCUUUCCUUAAUCCGCUCUCUGCUGACAUCUGGAUGUACGUCCUGCUGGCCUGCACGGGGGUCAGCUGUGUACUCUUUGUCAUCGCCAGGUUUACUCCAUAUGAGUGGUACAACCCACAUCCAUGCAACCCAUCUUCUACUCUGAUCCAAAACAAUUUUACUUUGCUCAACAGCUUCUGGUUUGGUGUUGGUGCUCUCAUGCGUCAAGGUUCCGAACUGAUGCCCAAGGCUCUGUCCACGCGUAUCGUCGGGGGCAUCUGGUGGUUCUUCACCUUGAUCAUCAUCUCCUCCUACACGGCCAACUUGGCCGCCUUCCUGACCGUGGAGAGGAUGGACGCACCCAUUGACUCGGCCGACGACCUGGCCAAGCAAACCAGGAUCGAAUACGGCGCAGUGAGGGAUGGAUCCACCAUGACCUUCUUCAAGAAAUCCAAGAUCUCCACCUACGAGAAGAUGUGGGCCUUCAUGAGCAGCAGGAAGAACACAGCGCUGGUGAAGAACAACCGGGAGGGCAUCACCCGUGUCCUCACCACCGACUACGCCAUGUUGAUGGAGUCCACCAGCAUUGAGUACAUCAGCCAGAGGAACUGUAACCUCACACAGAUAGGGGGCCUCAUUGACUCUAAGGGCUAUGGAGUGGGAACACCCAUCGGUUCUCCAUACAGAGACAAGGUGACCAUCGCCAUCCUGCAGCUACAGGAGGAAGGAAAGCUGCACAUGAUGAAGGAAAAGUGGUGGCGAGGCAACGGCUGCCCCGAGGAGGACAACAAGGAGGCCAACGCUUUGGGUGUGGAGAACAUCGGCGGCAUCUUCAUCGUGCUGGCCGCCGGCCUGGUCCUCUCUGUGUUCGUAGCCAUCGGCGAGUUCAUCUACAAGGCUCGCCGGAAUGCCGACAUUGAGGAGGCCUUUUGUUUCUUUUAUGGGGUGCAGUCCCGCCAGUUUCAGCGGCGUGGCUCCACCUCCUCCUCGGGCACCUCCUUGUCCACCGACCUGGAGAGCGGCAAGCUGCUUGGUGAUGACACAGAGUAACCGUGGCAACUGUAGAUGAUAGUGCGUGUCUUCCUCGGCUCUGAUGGCGGACGUGGGCGUCGUCUCCCAAGGCCUGAAGUGGAGGACGAGACAGCGGCCAUCUUGUUUCUGUAGCACAUACACGCAGGACUCCAACACAUUGUAAGAAUGGACUGAAACCAAAACCAAAACUAAAAACACUACCAGCAUACACAUGUAGAAAGUUUGUGCGUCCAUUUUCCUUUUUUUAGUCCUGUUUGUGUAUCAGCAUAACAUUCGGUGAUAGUCAUUAUUGGUACCUCAUGCCCUGACUGUUUUGUUCACUUUAAAGUCACCUGAUCAUGGAAAUAUUGAUCUUUGCAGUAAAACUAUUUUGCAUUUUUUUUCAAAACACCUGCCUGAUUUGUGUGUGUGCAAGCAUACCGUAUGUAUAUGUGUGUUGCGUGUGUUGGCAUGAAGACUGUCCACCGGAUGCCUGCAGGAAGUAAGUUUCCACCAAGCAGUACCAUUGACUUUGGUACCACAUGUUAAUGAUUGUCUUUCCAUUGUUUAGGUCUUCUUGACCCAGUCUUGACCUUCAACGGGGUCUUGGCCGUGCCUCUGAACAUGAACGCCUUCUGCACACUCCAGGUAGGGUAUCAAUGGAUCCCUCUAAAAGACAAAACUGACAAAACAGGCUCUCCUGUUUUGGGUGCCCGAUAAAUGUACAUCAUAAUAAUCGCUUUCAUUUUGUAAAUAAUUUCCUUUUUAUUUUUGAAUUUGGAGAAUAGAUGCUCUGAUUUUUUUAUGAAUGAUUCUGUCAUGUAUUUGUCUUCCCUCUCCUUACAUUCUCAUGUGCAGUCACAGCGCUAGCACCUGUAGUUGAGCUUGGAGUGUUCAUCCACUUUUUGAAAGUCCAAAAACGUUCUCUUACGGUCAUCUACAGUUGUGUACUUUUCUGAAAAUGUCUUUCAAUAUUUUUUGCUGUUAAUAAUUUCUCACCACAUAUCAAGCAUUGCUUCCCUUUUCUACUGAGAGUUUAAUUUUAGUGACGCAUUGAUACUUAAGGAUAGCUUACCACGGGGGUAUCAUACGCAACAUGAUGUCUUUUUUGUGUUUCACAGCACACAUUGGCCCUCUUACUCAUUUAAUCAUCAGCAGUGUUGGGCAUGUUACUUUGAAAAAGUAAUUAGUUAUAGUUACUUCUCAAAAAACUACAAAAGUAACUAGUUAACAGUAAAAGUAACUAUUGAAAUGCAAUCUUACUAAACCUUAGCCAAUUCUCAUUGCUUAUGUGCUCUGAACACCCGCCCACCCAAGUUCUCUGAUUGGCACAUACUAUACAGUAUUUUAUCCUUUUAUCCAUUGAGUGUUGCAUACAGAAAAAUGACUAAUGUUAGAGUCCACAUUUUUAUUCCUUACCUUUUUGUUUGUUAAACAAAAAUCAACCCAACUGGCGACCAGUCAUCUUGGCCAAAGUCAGCUGGGAUAGGCUCCACCGUACCCCUCUGCAACCCUCGUUGGAGGAUCAAUGGGCACAGAAAAUGAAUGAAUAAAUCCAAAGUUGCUGAGACAUCCAAAAAACUUAUAAAUAGCAUAUAAAAAGUAUUUUAAAAAAGUAAUAAAAAGUCUACAUGGCUGCACGCCAUCCGAGUGGUUACCGCGCAGGCCUUACAGCUAGGAGACCUGAGUUCAAUUCCACUCUCAGCCAUCUCUGUGUGGAGUUUGCAUGUUCUCCCCGCGGGUACUCCGGUUUCCUCCCACAUUCCAAAAACAUGCUAGGUUAAUUGGUCACUCCAAAUUGUCCAUAGGUAUGAAUGUGAGUGUGAAUGGUUGUUUGUCUAUAUGUGCCCUGUGAUUGGCUGGCCACCAGUCCAGGGUGUACCAAAGACAGCUGGGAUAGGCUCCAGAACCCCUGCGACCCUCGUGAGGAUAAGCAGUAGAAAAUGAAAUGAAAAAAGUCUACAUCUUCGCUUUGUCUUAUUUGUAUUAAAUAUCUAAGAUAAAACAACUAAAUGCUAAGAUAAAAGUUAUUCACAAAGCGUCAUAAGCCUUAAGAGAGCUCCUCAGGCGGCACAAUGUUAGGGGUGGUAGAAUAAGAAGAUGUAGCAGGAGGGAAUUCACUGUUGCUUACAUAGCAAAAUGUUUUCAUUUUUCUGAAUGAAUCACUCUUUGGGUCCUGCUUCAGUCUGAUUAAAAAAAAAUAGCAACUGAUAGUUGGAUAAUUUUUCAGAGAAAGAAAAAAAUGGAGAUGUGUAACAGUACAAUGAAUAGAGGUGGUAAAAAGCUCUAUUAACUUUACUUCAUGACUUUUGAUGAUAGCUAUAAACAAGUUAUGCAGGUUCUUCCUGAGAGAAUUAGACCCAGCUUCUCUUAAUCUCUUCAUGUAAUGACUUUUCUCUUUUUUAUGUGAUGUAGAUUAAUUCUGGGAUUGAGUGUAAUAGCGUUUGCUGGCCCAUAAUCUUCCCAGCACCGUCAUUCUUGAUCAAAACCGAAGCGGCUGUAUUCCCUCCGCUCCCUACCGUCAUUAUCUAAUCCAUCAUGAAUGAGGGCAGGGAUUACACCGCUGACCUUGGCAUUCAGCACGUCUGUGCCGGGCCCCGGGCCCAGCGGAAUGACCUCACCUGAACAACACGCCACUGGCGGCCCGGCGAUGCUUCUAUCUUGGUCUCGCUGCUUCUUUCACCCCGUGCUAAAACCUUUUUGUCCCGUUAAAACCUGAAUGCGGCGCCGUCAGCUUCGGCCAGAAGAGAUGAGGCGAUAGUGCUCGUGUUUGUUUGGGGCCCUCGGCGGCAAGGUCACAGAUUAAAGAUCCAAAAAGGGCUCUGAAAUAAACCUCCACAAUCCGAUGUUUAGAACUAAACGACCAUAACAACACAAAUGACUGUCUAAAUCAUUCAUCACUGAAAUGAGCUUGCUAGCCUACACUGUAUAGUAACGUAGAUUAAGUCCAUUGCUUCCUUUUCCUGGUUGCAUUGUCACUUGUUGCCGGGCAGAGUUUAUUAGUCAUACACAUGAAAUUAAAUCAGCACUCUACAGAAAAUUCUGUUCAUCACUGCCCUGAGGUGCUCCUCAUUUUUGGGUUGUCUCAUUUAACAACAAUAAAAUGAGCUGUUAUACGCCACUGCAAACUGGGGCGUCCUCCUCCCUCCUGGCUGGGAGUGAUUCCGGAGGGAAUGCUGUCAUCUGCUGGUCGCCGUGGAUUUAAAACAGCUGUCAAUCAACACACCGCGUUUCAACCCUCAUGUCAUAUAAUAUAAAGAACAAAGAAUAUAUCAUUGUUAUAGAUUCUCUUUGAUCCAUCUUCAGCCGAGAUGGGAUUAACGGGCUUUUAUCCUGUAUGACAAACCUGUUUACCUGCUCUUUACCUGACAUUUAGGAUGAACGAUAGCUCUACAACAAUAUGAUAGCUAAAGGCGACUCCCUUGGUAUGGACUUGGUUGAGGUUCUGCCUUUACAAUGAUAAUAAUGAUCACUUUUCUCUGGGAUAUCAAUAAAGGAUCUAUCUAUCUUUUGAUUGACAGCGUGUUAUGGUGAGGUAGUGACACGCUACAGCCAGGAGAUGGAGCUGUGGCGAAAAAAGCGUGCUUGUGCGGCCGCUAUGUCACGUGCGUAGCCCAUAAUGAGCCUCUUGUGUGUAUUUGUUGAAACGUCUCUUUAAAAGACGACAUGUCAUCCCCAAAGCAAACCCACAUAAUAUGGAGUAUGCCAUGGUAUCACAGUGCAGCAUAAGUGAGCACGCUGCAUGCUCUAUUUUCUACCACAAUCUCUGCUAUUUUGGCACUGCUGUUCAUUCUUAGCGACACUUGUUACACACAACCAAGGGGGUGUUUUAGCGGGUUCAAGUCGUGUCACCCGAGACAUUUAAUUGGACCCGGGCCGCCACGGAAUGGGAGGGGGAUGUUUGGCACAUUCCUCUCCAGCCUGCCUGUUUGUGUGGGUUAUAUGCGUAAAUGCGCACUGGGCCAGACAGGAGCGUGUCUAGACUACAGUGACACCAGAACAUAGGUCGUAAAGGGGGGGGGGGGGCGUCCCCCA